AACUAUGAGCCAGUUAUCGCCGAAAAAUAAGAACGAUCUGCGACAAUGCGUUCUUUACGAGUUUAUCGACGGAAAACCAGUUUUUGAAGCGUAUAAAAGCUUCUGCGAUGUGAUAGGAGAUUCGUGUAUGGAUUACGUUGACUUUGAAUUUUGGUUCAUGAGAUUUGCCAAUGGAAAUUUGAAUUUGGAUUUCAACUUUGACAAAAGUUCUUCCCUGUCGAUUUUCAAUAUCCCUAUCGAAAUUUUAGUGAAAAUUAUGAAUGAAUUGGAUUGGGUUUCAAGAUUAUCGAUGAGACAAGUCUCCCGUGCCUUCAGAUCCAUUGUCGACGAGGAAAGCAAGAUGCCGAAGAGUUUGUCGUUUGGAUUCUACGAUGAUACUGUAUUUCUUCAAUAUGACGAUUCUUGCGUCAAGUAUAAAGAUCUGGAAGAGGAAGGCCACGACGAUAAAAUCGAUAUCGCACUUUUCGAUUUCGGCGUCACUUUGAUAAAUCCUAGAUUGAAGCUGGAUUACUUUGAAGUAUUGAUUGAUGCGAAGCACGGAUUAGAUAUAGACUCGGAUAAAUGCUUCAAAAGCUUGGAGGCCUUGCUGAAGGCCCGAAAUUUGCCGCUUCCAGUGAAAAAUGUGAAUAUAGAGACGAAUAGUGGGUACGAGAUGAACCAUGCGAAGAAUAUUAUUCCUUAUCUGAAAAGUGGUGUUCUCGAGAAAAUCGUGACGAAUUGUGACUCUUCAUCCUUUGAAAAUAUCGAAAUAAUGAAGGAAAUCGUCGAGUUGGAUCAGUGGAAACAGGCGAAACAUCUGGAAAUUGAUAGUCUCGUUAAAAUUCCCAUUGAGAAUUUUCUGCAUUUCGAGCAUUUUGAGCUGUUCUUCGAGCACUUGUGCUUUCAGGACGUCAAGGAGAGGCUCCUAGAAUCCUCGAACUUCCGCCACUGCACGCUGCAAGUCAUGAAUUCCUUCGAUCUUGAAGAACUGGCGGCAAAUUUUGGAAUUCAGUACAUGGGAGAUGAUGAAGGGAUACGGCAGACAACUUUCUACGAAAUUUCGACAAAUUCUCUUGAAAUGACAAUGUUUUUGGAUUUUGUUACUUUUGACCGGAAAUUUUGAAUUUAUUGUUUUUUUUUUACCGAACCUUAAUUUUGACUAUUUUAUGAUUCUCAAUGAAAAUUACAGAUUUCG